UCCAAGUUAUUCCUCAUUUCUCCGUUGUCCAUUUUAUUUCAGGUUUCUAAUAAUUUUCCUUCGCGUUUCUCUCUGAUCCCUCGAUGGCGAAUCCUUUCUACGGUUCUGGGCCUUUGCGAUCCAGGCCGGCGGGGAAUUCAGAUGAAAUUCAGUUGCAAAUCGAUCCGAUUCAUGGCGAUUUGGACGAGCACGUCACUGGUCUCCAUAAAAAGAUUCAAAAACUUAAAGGGGUAGCUCAGGAAAUUGAAACAGAAGCGAAGUUCCAGAAUGACUUUAUAACUCAAUUGCAAAUGACACUCCUUAAAGCUCAGGCAGGGGUGAAGAACAAUAUGAGGAGGCUGAACAAGAGCAUCGUUCAGAACGGUUCAAAUCAUGUCCUGCAUGUGGUUCUCUUCGCGCUUUUCUGCUUCUUUGUAGUCUAUUUCUUGUCCAAAUUCUCAAAGAGAUAGAAGUAUCAGCGGGAACUCGAGGAAUUCUAUCUAGAGUGAGUUUUGUACUCUUGGUUUGUGAUAGUCGGGGAUCCACAAAUUUGUCUGAAAAAUGUAUCUAGUCUUAAUGGAGACAUAUUCGAUAAAUAUGCUUUUGUCAUCCUACUCUCUCGAACAGAAUAGUGUACAUAACCAUUGACGGAAUAGUGUACAUAACCAUUGACGUACCGUGUUUUCCUGGUUCAAGUUAAUAUUUGUGGGCUUGCAAAAUA